AAGUGGCCGCCGCCGGACAACGGGCUCUGUGGUUCGGGUAAGCUUUCCUCUUCGUGUUGCUGCUUCUGCUGCUGCUGCCGCCGCCGCCGCUCGCGCCCCCGCUCCGGUCUGUGGUGCCGCCGGGACCCAGGACCAUGUCGCUGACUCGCUCAGAGGAGAUGCACCGGCUCACGGAAAAUGUCUACAAGACCAUCAUGGAGCAGUUCAACCCCAGCCUCCGGAACUUCAUCGCCAUGGGGAAGAAUUACGAGAAGGCGCUGGCAGGUGUGACGUACGCAGCCAAAGGCUACUUUGAUGCCCUGGUGAAGAUGGGGGAGCUGGCCAGCGAGAGCCAGGGCUCCAAAGAACUCGGAGACGUUCUUUUCCAGAUGGCGGAAGUCCACAGGCAGAUCCAGAAUCAGCUGGAAGAAAUGCUGAAGUCUUUUCACAACGAGCUGCUCACACAGCUGGAGCAGAAGGUGGAGCUGGACUCCAGGUACCUGAGUGCUGCGCUGAAGAAAUACCAGACUGAGCAAAGGAGCAAAGGCGACGCCCUGGAUAAGUGUCAGGCUGAGCUGAAAAAGCUUCGGAAGAAGAGCCAGGGCAGCAAGAAUCCUCAGAAGUACUCGGACAAGGAGCUGCAGUACAUCGAUGCCAUCAGCAACAAGCAGGGCGAGCUAGAGAAUUACGUGUCCGACGGCUACAAGACCGCACUGACGGAGGAGCGCAGACGCUUCUGCUUCCUGGUGGAGAAGCAGUGCGCUGUGGCCAAGAACUCCGCGGCGUACCACUCCAAGGGCAAGGAGCUGCUGGCGCAGAAGCUGCCGCUGUGGCAACAGGCCUGCGCUGACCCCAGCAAGAUCCCAGAGCGCGCCGUGCAGCUGAUGCAGCAGGCAGCCAGCAACGGCGCCACCCUCCCCAGCGCCCUGUCGGCCUCCAAGUCCAAUCUGGUCAUUUCGGACCCCAUUCCGGGGGCCAAGCCCCUGCCGGUGCCCCCUGAGCUGGCACCGUUCGUGGGGCGGAUGUCUGCCCAGGACAGCACGCCCAUCAUGAACGGCGUCGCAGGCCCGGAUGGCGAGGACUACAGCCCGUGGGCUGACCGCAAGGCUGCCCAGCCCAAAUCCCUGUCUCCUCCGCAGCCUCAGAGCAAGCUCAGCGACUCCUACUCCAACACGCUCCCCGUGCGCAAGAGCGUGACCCCGAAAAACAGCUACGCCGCCACUGAGAACAAGACUCUGCCUCGCUCGAGCUCCAUGGCAGCCGGCCUGGAGCGCAACGGCCGCAUGCGGGUGAAGGCCAUCUUCUCCCACGCUGCCGGGGACAACAGCACCCUCCUGAGCUUCAAGGAGGGUGACCUCAUUACCCUGCUGGUGCCUGAGGCCCGCGAUGGCUGGCACUAUGGAGAGAGUGAGAAGACCAAGAUGCGGGGCUGGUUUCCCUUCUCCUACACCCGGGUCCUGGACAGCGACGGCAGUGACAGGCUGCAUAUGAGCCUGCAGCAAGGGAAGAGCAGCAGCACCGGCAACCUCCUGGACAAGGACGACCUGGCCAUCCCGCCUCCCGACUACGGCGCCGCCUCCCGGGCCUUCCCCGCCCAGACGACCAGCGGCUUCAAGCAGAGGCCCUACAGUGUGGCUGUGCCCGCCUUCUCCCAGGGCCUGGAUGACUAUGGAGCGCGGUCCAUGAGCAGCGCCGAUGUGGAAGUGGCCAGAUUCUGAGCCGCCUGAUUAGAGUUAGUAAGUUGCCUGGCGUUCUUGUGCGGUCACUGGCCAGUGGGUCUACACAGGUCCUCUGGCCUCAGCCACGCAGCGUGGGUGGGGAGGGCCUGGCUGCAUGGCAGGGCCAGGGGUCCACUGAGCCUGCCUCUUGCUCUGGGUGCUGGGCCUUCUCUACUGGGUCCCCUCCUUGGGUUCACAGUCUCCUCCUCCCCUCCUGGAAGCUUGUGGACUUUGGCUGGCUGUGCCCGGGGCUCCCCUCACUGCUGGGUAUGGCUCUGGCCCUGACCUUCUUUGUGGUCCUCUCCUGCCCUGCUGGGCACUUCAGUUAUAGUCAAGAGGUGACCCCGGCAAGCAGCUGCAGCCUGGGCCUUUCCCGCCUGACUUGCAGCGCCAGCUUGGGCUCCUUCGGGUGUGUGUGCCUUUGGGGCUGGUAAGGAUGACAGCCUCGUGGAGACUGGCGGCUGGGGUCCUGGCAAGAGCCCCGGGGAUUUCCAUAGGCACUGGAGCCAGGUGUUGGGCCCACUGGCGAUGGGGCUGUGCUGUUAGUCUGACCUUGCCUCUUCUGUCCCCCAAGCCCCACAGCAUGGACCCAACUGGCUCCAUCCCAAGUGUGCACCUGCAGACCUGGAGGACUGCUGGGUCCGGGUUUGAGCUGACGCUCACUCCAGGGGCCACAGGGCCACUAUGGCUCCAACUCCAGUGGAACUCUGGAGUCCGGGUCUGAGCCCAUCUCCUCGCGGGUUGAGUGGGCCACUUCCCUGGUGCCCAGUGUAUAUUUGGGAUGUGCCAGGCUGCCCAGGAGCAGGCCCUGUGCCCUCAUAGGGGGCCCUUACCCACACCUUCCAAUCCGCUGCACCUGUGUCUGGGUGGGUCCUGCUUCCCACCACCCUCCCAUCCCUAAGUUGCUAGGAGGGUGGCUCUGCAAAGCCAGUGCCUGCAUCCUUCACAAAGGACGUUGGUCCCUGCGUCUCCCUGAUGGUCACAGCAGGCAUCCUGGCCCAUGGGCAGCCAAGCCACAGGCAGAUCACGGAUCUGUCUUCUUUGCUGCCUUUCUGUUGUUGAUAUUCGGCAUGAAUUCUGGAAGGUUCUGUAGAAAAAUGCUCCUGAACUUUGGGGACUGGAUAGCAUAGAUGCUCUGGGUUGGCCCUGGCCACCACCUUGCCUUCUACCUCCAUCUUUCUCCCUUCUGAGAUGCUGUUUCUGGGAGACCUCCAUACCCCCCACUCCCCCAGGUCCCUCUGAGCGAGGGGGCUGCCCUCACCUGGUGAGACUUGGAAGGGGUGAAGGCUCAGAGAUGAGGCUGGCACAGCCUGUGUCAGGGACCACGUCCCUUGGUGGAGGGCAGAGACCCUGGGUGGCAGUGCCAGUGGGGCAGUGGCGCUCAGCACCACUCCACAGCGCCAGGGGCCAGUUUCCUGGCCACACAGUCUGCCUGGUCUGACAACUCAGCUGAGAUUGGGGGUGUCGAAAGCCACUUGCAGUUGGUCAAGGGACUCCCCAACCCCAUCGCCACCCUGCCAUGCCCCAGCUUUGGGCCCUGAGAAGGGGGCCUUGGAAUGAGAGUGGAGGGGGGAGCACCCCUGGCCGCUGUCCAUACUUGUCAGCGGAGGCCCAAGCGCCCAUGCUGGACGCGGUUCCAGAAGGGCCCACCUUCUGAAGACACAGAGAAGCAGCUGACGCCAGAAGACAGAACCGGUGUUGUCCGCCCAGCUCAGGGUCUGGAGUCUGGAGUCGCCUAACUGGUCAAAACGCACUUUGUGAUGGCUGUUUCUUCUCGGAAUCCUUCUGCCUCACGUUCAAGGCGUUGGUUCAGGAAAUGAUCCUAGACGACUGCCUGCAUUCCGAGGCGCUCCUGAGUUCCGUGGGGCUGGAGUGGGAAGCUGCUCUGCCGCGGGGAGGUGGACUCUUCCAGGCUGUGUGGGUUUGCAGGGGUGGUGGGCACGGGAUCCCCAGGACACACCGAGAGCCCCCCGUGGGCAGGGGAGGGGUGCCCAGUCCCUCAAACCCCAAGAGGCCCCCUGGCCAGCUCCUUCCUGGCAGAAGUGCCCAUGCCCAGCCUUCCUGGCCACAGCUGGCUCUGCAGCACUGGCAUCCAUGCCUUGAAGCGGCCAGUUGGCUGGGACCGUGGCCCAUGCCUGUAAUCCCAGCACUUUGGGAGGCUGAGGCGAGAGGAUCUCUUGAGCCCAGGAGUUCGAGAUAAGCCUGGGCAACAUAGGGAGACCCCGAUCUUGACAAAAGUAAAAAUUAGCCAGGCAUGGUGGCGUGCGUCUGUAGUCCCAGCUUUUCAGGAGGCUGAGGUGGGAGGAUUGCUUGAGCCCGGAGGUGGAGGUUGCAGUGAGCUACAGUCACACCACUGCAUUCCAGCCCAGAAGACGGAGCAAGACCCUGUCUCAAAAUAAUAAUGCAAUUUAAAAAUUACAAAAGCCACUAGGUCACCCCUGCAGCCUUGCUUAGCAGCCUCUGAGGGGCGGCUCUCAGUGAGACAAGAGCCCAGGCCUCUGAACUCCCCAAACCAGCAGCUCCCCAAACAUGACGCAGGCCCUCCUUGGGGCCCUCUGCUCUUGGACCUGUCUGGUGACUUUCCUUCGCUGGCUGGAGAGGUGCUGGUGGUGUCACUGGGUAGUUCGUGGCAAUCGCUGCCCAGGGCCACGUCCUGCAGGAGGUGGGGCCUGGCGUGUGUCCUCUGGCAGGGAGCAAUGUCUGUGGCUUCCAUGCGGUGGCCUUGGGCUCCAAACUUCGUCACAUUCUGUUGGCUGUUAGGCCCCCACUCUCAGCACAGUGAGCUCCCUGCAGGCCUCCUGGGCGCGUCUGUCCCAGGCGGCUGAGGGGUAGGGGCCAGAGUAGGGGAAAUGGGGCCGCCCAGCCUCUCCGCGUGGACCUGCUCUCCCAGCCAGCCUUGGGCUCUGGCCUGUGCUCUCCCCGUCCCCGCCAACCCGCUGCCCCUGUCAGGCUGAGAUUGGAUACAGCAUUUGCAGCCUCAGAGCCACCCAGUGUGGAUGGUUCAGCGGGCUCCACCUAGUCCCACCAUUCUGGGAGACGAGAAGAGAAAAUUGCAGGUUAGGGAACAGGCCCGCACCGGUGGGAGAGCUUCCUACCCCUGGGGUCUGGGCUAGCACUGUGCCUUUGCCUUUGCCUUUGCCUUUGAUUGGGAGCAGGAGUGAGAACCACGCAGCUGUGCUGCCCCCGGCUGUGGUCUGGGCCAGGUCUAGGCCCCUUCUCUGGGAACCCACCUUUCCUUUUUUUUUUUUUUUUUUUUUUUUGAGGCAGGGUCUUACUGUGUUACCCAGGCUGGAGUGCAGUGGUGGGAACACAGCUCACUACUGCCUCGACCUCCUGGGUUCAAGCGAUCCCCCCACUUCAGCCCCCCAUGUUGCUGGGACCACAGGCAUGCUCCACUCCCACGCCUGGCCUUUUUUUUUCUUUUUGAGACGGGUCCACUUUGCUGCCCAGGCUGGUCUUGAACUCCAGGGCUCAAGUGGUUCCUCCUGCUUUGGCCUCCCAGAGUGCUGCGAUUGCAGGCAGGAGCCACCGCGCCCAGCCAGCCCCAUUUCUAAUCUCCCCGGAGCUCCCUCCGGACCCUGGGCCUGUGGAGGGACUCAGAGCAUUUCCCUAGGGGUGGGUCUAGCCUGGCAGGGAGACAGGGCAUGGGCCGACAUCACGAUAGAGGUGGAAUCCUCACCAUCGGACCCCCAGGCAGCCCCUACCCAGGCCCCAUGAAGGGCAAAGCUGCACAGAUCAAAGCUGAAAGCAGCCGGGAAUCCAGCAGACCCUGAGGCUCCAGUGCAUUUGAGAGAUCAAAAGAUCCUUUCAGCGGGGUGCCAACGCUCAGACGCCAUCUGGAAGUCUGAGAGCCUUCCGCAGACCCAUCAGUCUCUUCCACAUAUUUCAUUCUCUUAAAAACUCAGUCUGAAGUGUUUCAGGUUCUUAGAAAACACAAAAGUCCUCAGGAAAGCUUAGGGAGCUGCCCCUGCCCUGCGCCGCCUCCUGGGCAGCUGGAUGGAGCCCUGCCUGCCCACCCCGGGGGUUGCUCCCGGCUGCCCAGGCUCCUGUGGACCCAACUGUGCCAGAGGUGACUCCGCUCCAGGUAAUGGCUCCAGUCCAAGCACAGCUCUGCCGGAGCACAGUCCCGUCCCUGCUGCGUCUUAACGUCCACAUGCCAUCUGUACUGUCACCCUUGGAGCUGCCUGACAUCCCCCAUCCUGUCCUGUGCUAUUCCCUCCGAAGGUGGGGACUCCAAAGAGAAAGGCCCAGGCUCCCCUCUGAUCCAUAGGGUCCUUCUCAUCCGUGCUCAUCUUGUUCCAUUUCAAAUUCUUGUCUCGAGUCGUAUUUGUGCAUCAGCUGUGGCCCCGGGGACAUGGGGGAGGGCGCGGCACCCCCGGGGGGACAGGUGGCUGAGCCCUUAGCAGGGGAACAACUGGCCAGGGGAUGGCCAGCUGCUCUGCAGGGCCCGUGGGUGUCCAUCUGCAGCCCUGAGGGAGCCGCGAGCCUAACCUGUCUUCCUGUGGAUGCCCCCAUGCCAGAGCUGGGCUGGGCUGGGCGCUCUGCCAAGCUGUGUCCCUGGGUGUGGGCCUGGCCUGGUGGGGGGCCACCAAACUGAUGUGUGCCCGGUUCAGGGCUGUCUUGAGUCCCCAGCCUCAGUGGUGAUGUCCACCCCUCACUGGGAGGGUGCGGCUGGCCUGCCCCGCCCCACCCUGCCCUGCCCACCCACGCUGCUGGGAGGGUGAUGGAUCAGAGUGGGGGCACCCUGCCUUGUCUAGGUCACGUAGGGUGAGCAGAGGGUGGUGCACCUUGGGGUCAGGCAGCCUUGCAGAUGGCACCUGACCCUCCCUGCCCCCCAGAGCAGCCUCUGUUGUCUGCGAGCUCUCUGUGCCCUGAGAUCGGACUGUAGGCAUCCAGCACUGGGGAUCCCUGGGGCAUUGGGCAGCCCAGGUGCCAGAGUUUACCCAUGGCUUCUGCCCUAAAUUAAAACCACGUUUUUCUCUUUCAGGAAUCCCUUCGCCCAUGUCCAGCUGAAGCCGACAGUGACCAACGACAGGUCUGCCCCUCUCCUCAGCUGAUGGCCACAUCUGCGGCACUGCCCAUCCGGCGGCUUCCCCCGCUCUGCCCAUGCAGCCUGUUCUGUCAUCCUCUGCGCGCUCCUGUUAAGAGAACAUCCAGGCCGGGCGCGGUGGCUCAAGCCUGUAAUCCCAGCACUUUGGGAGGCCGAGACGGGCGGAUCACGAGGUCAGGAGUUCGAGACCAUCCUGGCUAACACGGUGAAACCCCGUCUCUACUAAAAAAAAAAAAAAAAAAAAUACAAAAAACUAGCCGGGCGAGGUGGCGGGCGCCUGUAGUCCCGGCUACUCGGGAGGCUGAGGCAGGAGAAUGGCGUAAAAACCCGGGAGGCAGAGCUUGCAGUGAGCUGAGAUCCGGCCACUGCACUCCAGCCUUGGCGACACAGCGAGACUCCGUCUCAAAAAAAAAAAAAAGAGAACAUCCAGGCCCCGGCUGCCUGGCCUCGCCCCACUUGAGUCUGGCCUGGGCUGGAUCCCAGCUGUUCUGGGCAGGGCUGGGCACAGGGGGGCGCAGGCCCCUGAAGGGCCGAGACCCACUGGCUGCGCUGCCCAGGGCCGAGGGGCCACCUCUUGAGGGUAUUCACCUCUGGUCACAUGGCCAUGGAGCCCUGGGGUGCCCCUGGGUCAAGGGAGGACAUUUGGCCAGCUGGUGGCUGGGGGGAGCCCGGCUGCCCUGCUGCUUCUCCUGCCUAAUAAACAGGCUCCUUCUGCACCA